GCAAUAGGCACCAACUGCCACCACCCUCCCACACCCAAAAGUGACUGCUGAGGUGCAUACAGGUCCCAGUUUAACAAGCCCCUAAAUCCCCAACCUACUAGCCCCCACCCACUUGUACAUAGUGGGAGCUCCCAGCGCUCUCCUUAGGGGAUGUGUUUUGCCAUGUCCUGCAAGCUGCCUCUCUGGGGGAGGUGGCUCUGCAGGCCACAAAAACACUUUCCAGGGCUCAGUGGUCCUUCAUGUCCCACCCCCACUGGUCCCUAUGCACGUGGAAGAAGAGUCGCGAGACACAAGAGAGCCCCAGAAUCUCAGCAGCAACCUGGUGCCUUGGUGCAGAUCAGCCCUUCCGCAUUUCUGACACUGCUCAACUGACCAGAUGUGGUAUUGCUGUGCAAACCAAGCAGCAGGCCUAGUCCCUGGGAAGGACCACACGCCAAAUUGUCCCCGAGUCCCAAGCACCCUCCUUGCCCACUGCCGCCACCCCUUGCUACAGCAUGUGUGCAUCUGGGGAGACAUGGGAUUUCUGGUACCGCCUUUAAGGCACUGGUAAAUGCUGAGGAAAAAGGAGCUGGGAAUAGCGCAUCCUCCUCCUCCUGCUGCAGUUUCCUCCAUGACCAAAAGGCCAGUGAUCUGCCUUCUGCGAUCAGACAGGUUGUGGUUUCCUGCUAUUCCCAUGGGAACGAGGACCUUCUGGGAGAACACCAGCGCCCAGCCGGUGCCAUUUCUGUCCCCACAUGGUCUUCAGCAGCUUCAGCUCCGUGGUGGAGGCUGCAACGCACCUGUGUGUGGCCUUGCAAACAUCUUUCCUCCUCUGUGCAAAGCACUGUGGUGCAAAGCACAGAAGUGCUGGGGGGUUGGUACAACAAUGUGGUGGGGAAAGGUAUCCUUCAGAUAAAAUCAGUGCUAUAUGGGUCACCCUCUUCCCUCCAGCCUGCCCCCCAGCACCAACCUGCUUACAUGCUGUUCAGACAGACAUACAUUUCCUGAGGUGCCAGCCAGGUGCCUUAAGACUGAGGGAAAGCCAAACCAAAAUAAACCCGAUGUAGCUGGGUGCUUUAAUUUGCAGGCAGAGCCAAGCAGCAGCAGGCUGGUUCCCAGCUGAAUCUUUCCUGCUGUAUCAAACAUAAAUUCAUCAGGUAUUCUAUUUCCUGAAAAAAACAAAGCAGAAUAAUUCACUUAGAAAUAAAGAGUAGAGCUAUUUUUCCCUCUGACAUGGUGAACACAAUUACCUAAGGCACGGGAGGCUGAGAUAACUCACUUAUUCAGCCCCCAUUCUCCAAAGAAACCACCAUCAUUCUGUCAGAAAAGGCUUUAAAAACCAAUUCACAACCUGAAUGCUAAAACACCAUCACAUACAGAACCUGUCCUUAUGAUUUCCACACACCAGCUGGCGCAUCACAAACAAAACACUCACAGGCAGGGCAGAGUUCAUCAUCAGCAAGGCCUUACACACCAUGCAAGCUCCUGUGUUUGCUGACCUUUCUCCCAGUGCUGUUGGUGUCUCCGUGUUCUGCAGGAGCAAUUCCCAGCAAAGCAAAGCACACCACCAUCCUGUUACCAGUGUGUGAGGCACGCUGGGGCUGGCAAAGUGUGCAUGGGGGAAGAGAGUCCCGGGCUGUGUCUGUGUGGAGAGCUCAGCAAAGGGAAACCAUAAGCCUGCGCUUGCCCCCAAAGAUAAUCCCAUUUAGGCUGCACCCGCCACUCCCACCUUCUCUGCCAUUAUAUAAUGGAGAGUGGAGUAAUGACUUUCAGCAAUGCUGUUUGAAUGGCAGCGGUCCAAUUCUGGCCUGUAUCUUUUUUUUUUAAUGGUGGGGGGAGAGUACAUUGGCAGAGGGGAGAAAGCGUCAGUUUGGUUUGUCUGCAAUUGCUGUUUCGCUUGGGGAGCUUUAGAGGACAGACAUAUUCUUCCAUCUCUGCUAAUCCUCCUCUGAUACAGAGGAUUUUCCUGCCAUUAAAUGAUAGCUUGCGAGAAAAAAAAUGCCAACUUUUCAGAGACUGACUCGUAUGGCUAAUGGCAGCCUCACGAGCAGGAGGGAGGACCCAGCCACUGCUCAGCUAGAUGGUAGGAACCUGCCCUUGGCACAGCUGGCGGGAAGGAUGCAGAUGAGCUCGUGAAAAGGUGUAGCACAAAGCUGCAGGAUUCCCUGAGAAGGUCAGUGGUGGAAGAAGGAUACUUACCAGGAAGGUGCUGGGGACUUUGUCAGUCUGAAAGCCUGUGGGAGAAGAGCUUUUUCCAUUACCUUCCUUUCUAAACAUAGAGCUUAUUGUGGGAAAAUGAUGCAGGGAAAUGACAGAGGAUGAAACCUGUCUCUGCUCUUCCUGUGUGCUUUUAGAUCCCUCAGGUUCGCUUGCCAGACCUGAAAUGCCACUAGUGAAUAAUCAAGUGCUCCUUUGGGUCCCCCACGUCCAUGCGGUGUGGGCCUGCGUGCGGUCCUGCCCUGCCAACUGCGUGUGCACCCAGGAGCGGAGCUGCUCCGUCCUCUGCGAUCGUGCCGGUCUGGGGCAGAUCCCUAGCGAGUUCCCUUGUGAAGCCUCCUCUAUCAACCUGGACAAGAACAGCAUCAAGUUCCUCUCCGAGAGGGCCUUUGGAACCUUGCCUUCCCUCAAAUCUCUGUCACUUAACCACAACAAUAUCUCCUUCAUCACCCCGGGUGCUUUCAAGGGGCUGCCCAGCUUGACGGAGCUGAAAAUGGCCCACAAUGAGUACAUUCGCUACCUCCACACGCGGACUUUCACUGCCCUCAAACGGCUGGUCAAAUUGGACCUGGCAGACUGCAACCUUUUCAACAUACCAGACAGGAUCUUCAUUGAGCUGCCUGCUCUGCAGGAGCUCUUCUGCUUCCAGAACAACUUUCGGAGGAUCCCAGGUGCCAUUAGGGGCAUGGAAAACCUGACCCACAUUUACCUGGAGAGAAACAGGAUUGAAGCAGUAGCCUAUAACUCUCUGCAGGGCCUGACCAAGCUGAAAUACCUGAAUCUGCAGGACAACAGGAUAAAUGUCGUUCACGAGGGAGCUUUUCAGGGUUGCCAGAAGAUGGAGUAUCUGUACCUCAACGACAAUUUGAUCAGUGAGCUUCCAGAAAACUCCUUCGACGGCCUGAGGUGCCUGAAAAUGCUCAACCUGGGGGGGAAUUUCCUCAGGAAUGUUUCCAACACCUGGUUCAGGGAUCUGGGGGAGCUGGAGGUCCUCUACCUGGACCGCAACAGGAUCAACUACAUUGAGGAAGGGGCUUUUGAAAACCUCACCAGCCUGGUCGCCUUGCACUUGAACAGCAACAACCUGACAACCCUGCCCUUUUCUGUCUUCCAGCCGGUGUACUUCCUGGGGCGGCUGUACCUCUUCCGCAACCCCUGGGAGUGCGACUGCCGCAUCGAGUGGCUGAAGGAGUGGAUGGAGAAUUACAGGCUCGUCAGGGAUAUUCCCUGUGCCUCCCCCUCCUCAGUAGCUGGGAUUGACCUGAUGGACGUUCUCUAUGAAAGAUCACCAGAAGGUUACUGUCUUGACCCAGUGGAGUUAAAUGUCACGUCUGAAGGCCCCACCCCAAGUGGAGCGCCUUGGUCUACCACAGAGAGCAAGUUCAACAGCCUUAUCUCUAAACUCCUGCUCCAGAUGGGCCUUCCUGAAGAGGUGGCAAACACAACUGAAGUCUUCAGUAACACCACACAGCUGGAUGGACUGACAGAUGGGGUUUCUUCUGGGGUGGGGGAAGACAGUAUUGAAGCUGGCACCUAUUUUUACCUCCCAACACUUUUUACAGUGGUUGUUUUGCCGAUCAAAUAGUCCAAGGGCUGCCUGGAGCAUGGGUCCUACUUAAGUGUUUAGUCCCCGUACCUACCUAGUCAUUAGGGAAAAAUUUGUAUUGUGGGCCUCAGAUACAUAUCUGGCUCCAAACUCUCCUGGGCAGGUUGGUUGGAUCUGGCUCCAGAUACCCCUGGGAGUUGGUGGGAUCUGGUUCAAGGUCAGCUCCCACUCCAGGUGAGAAACCUGCCCUGUGGGGUCUCAGAGCCUCCCGGACACUCGCAGAGCUGUGGGGAAGAUGAGCAAUGAAAGAAGAGCAGUAAGGUUGAGUUUUGCUUAGAGAUGUCCAGUGUCCCCUCCUGGGAGCGAAGGGAAGAGUGGUCUGUACGGAUGGUGGUGCGGCGCUGUUUAUUCAGUUGGGCCAGCUCAGCUGACCCAACCAUUGACUUUAUGAAAGCACGAUGAGGCAGCAAAAACGGACCCUCUCUUCAUAUCCUGACAGACACCCGCACCCAUGGCGGGUGCUGCUAGAGGCUGACGAGGUGUUCCUGAUUUCCACCAGUGCGUGCUUGGGGAGCAGGGCUGUCCUGGGCAGCAUCCAGGGGUGCAGCACUAGUCCUCAUGAACAGGAGACCAGCAUCUGGGGAGGGUGCGUGCCCCAGGCGGGUGUGGGAUGAGCAGAGUGUUUUGUCCAUGUCUACAGACAGCAUUUCGAUCCUUUUCCCCCUGCUAUCCUGGCACUGGUGCAGGAGAACCAGACGGACCCAUGUUUCUCAAAAAUUCUCUUCUGAGGCAAAACUAUUUAAGCUUAACUGUUUACUUAUUAACAUCGUUUCAAUGUGCUUUUAUUUUUCAAGGAAUAUAUUGUUUUAAGGAAUAUAUUGUUUUUAUUUGUAGAUUAUUUCAUGGCAUGACAGCAGGGGCAGAAAAUGGUGAUGACAAAUGCAACCAGGCUCUACUAAAUAUUUUGUAUUUCCACCACUAAUAUGUACCACAUAGCGUGUCAUAUUAUGCUGUACUAACCAACUAUGCCAUCAUUUUCUUUCUUAUAGCAUCUUACAUGUUUUAUCUUUGAAAUCUUCAAAGAAAGCUGCUAGUAUGGCCAGAAAGAAUUAUCCCAUUUUAUAUAUCAGAGCACAUUAAUAAAAUAAUUCGAUAUUUUGCUCACAAAAAUAAACUAAUUGCUCAAAACCUGUUGGGUGGUUUUUUUUAGAUCCUUGAAUUAGUCUGAUGGCUUUUUCGUAGGCUACUCAAAAGGCUGCACAUGAAUGUCCUUUUGAUGGACUAGAGCAAAUGGCAAGCUAUUUAGUGUGGCGUAAAGAAUAAAUAUUUUAACUUAGAACAUGACUGUGCUUACAUUUGUGUUAAGUAGCAAUGCUUUAAAAAAUAAAUUACUAUAUAGAAAUACAGUUCUGUGAUAUUUUAACUGUAUACUUUAUACAUGGCUUAUCACACUAUGAUGUACAUGUUCAUAUGAAACGAUACAACAUACAGAAUCCUUUAUUACUGCUGAAAUGUCAUGAAAUAGGAA